GUUGGAUGAAUCGCUGCGUCUUCCCACCUGCUCUUGAUAAACUAUAUAAAUAUAUCCGGAUCCUCAAACAGUCUCGCAAAUAUGAAAGAAGACAAGAAAGUUGCAAUUAUUGGCGGAGGGGCAGCUGGAUGCGGAACAUGUCUCGCUUUGGCGGAAAAUGGUUGGAAAGUUAGUUGAUUUGAGAAAAGCACCAUUUUCUCUGGGACCAGUGGAAUGACGCCUGGACGCCUUCAUCUGGGAUUUCAUUUCGGGGAUCUAGAAACGUCGCUGAUGCUGAUGCGUGCGACAAUACGCUUUGUAAAGAUAUUUCCUGGACAUCGAAUCAGUGAACAUUUGCCAUCUUUGCAUCCACUACGUCGCGGUCGGUUUUUCAUUGCCAAGGAUUCACUCGUAUCUGCAGGCGAAAUUCUCGAGAUUUACAAAUGCCUCAAGCAAGUUUAUUCUGACAUGAUUGACGAGGAUCCGUCGAACAUGGUAUUUGGUCCCCCUGAAAUGUUUUAUCGCAUCCUGGACAAGACAGAGUUCGAGUAUGAUGUUGAUGCAAGCAAGGUUCUCAUGGGCAUUGAAACAUCUGAACAUUUUCUUGACUGUAAGAAAUUUCAGACAAGCUUAGAGUCGCGUUUAAGAAACCACAAAAACGUCAAAAUCUAUGAGUUCACCGAACUUGUUGACAUAAGACAAGCAGCAGACAGUAGAAAGCAUCGAUGGUCUUUGAUUUUCAACAAAGGGGAAAAACGGCGAGUAACAUUUUCUUGUGAUUACGUUGUCAAUUCCACAUGGUGUCAAAUUGAAAAGCUGAAUCGCAUGGCAGGAUUUCUCAAGGAAUCUUUUCCGAUCUCCAAUCGCUUGAAAGCGGUGUUCGAGUGAAAAUACCACGAGCCAUGCAGGACAAACACUCAAUGUUUUUCUGUAUCGGACCAUUUUGCAUGUUUUCAAACCUUGGCGAUGUAAUAUUCUGAGAUUUCUCCCUUUUAUUGCUUUGUCAUAUUAGUUUUAUACAGAUCUUUACUUAAUUACCAUAUACGUAAUAUGACGUA